AUGGCCAGCUUCAUGUCGAGUUUCUUCCCCGGCGGCAGCAGCAUCAGCAGCAGCAGCAAGGACAAGCCGCCGCUGGCUGGUGACGCCGCGCCUCGCCCCGUCACCCCAACCAUGAACAACAUCAACAGCUUCAUCAACCCUCUCAACACGCCGCUGGGAAGCCCCAGCAAGAAGACGAUCCCGCCUGGCGCCCACGACCUCCCCACAGUUUUCGACACCGCUAUGAACCUGAAUUCCCCCGGCGUCGAAACUCCCAUCAGGCUGACGCGCCCGCAAAGCGUAGUCGCUCCGCUUUCGCCUGGCAAGGCCAGCACCACCACCCAGCCUCCCCCUCAGCCUCACGUACAGCCCCUGGGCAAGCAGCCUAUCGAGGAGCUCAGCGCUGCGGUUCAAGAAGCUGUACAAAGCGCAACAAAGGGCAGAGCAUCACCGGGCACUGGCAGAGCGUCUCCUGGUACUGGCAGAGCAUCGCCUGGCACUCCCCGGCGGCGACAACAGCAUCAGGACAAUGCGCCCGUGCCCCGUCUCGCUGCUCACGACCAGGACCGCCAACCCCACCACAGCCAUGCGGCGCUCUCUCGCCAGCAGGCAUACGAGACAAAGGACCGUCCCAUCAUCGCGAAGAGAUUUAACACCGUUCGCGGUUUGACGGAUGAGGAGCGUGAGAUUCUCCAGAGACCCAAUGUUCGCCGAAUGGUCAAUGUAACGCAGCUAUAUUUUCUCGAUUAUUACUUUGACCUUCUCACAUAUGUCGGCGCGAGACAAAAGAGGCUGGCCGCCUUCAAGGCUGAGUUCCCAGAGCCCCCCGAGACGGACGACGAAACUCAUGGGCUUAUGUGGUCCAAGUAUACCGGCCGAGAGCGAGCUAACCUUCGAAAGCGUCGGAUCCGACUAAGACAGGGCGACUUCCAGAUCCUCACCCAGGUUGGCCAGGGCGGUUACGGCCAAGUGUUCCUGGCACAGAAAAAGGACACGCGGGAAGUGUGCGCCCUCAAGGUCAUGAGCAAGAAGCUGCUCUUCAAGCUGGACGAAGUUCGACACGUUCUCACAGAACGCGAUAUUCUAACAACAGCCCAGAGCGACUGGCUUGUUCGGCUCCUGUAUUCGUUUCAGGAUGACAAAAACAUAUACCUUGCCAUGGAGUACGUGCCUGGUGGCGAUUUCCGCACCCUUCUCAACAACACUGGGGUGCUGUCUAACCGACAUGCCCGCUUCUACAUCGCCGAAAUGUUCUGCUCUGUCGAUGCCCUCCAUAAGCUCGGCUACAUCCAUCGAGAUCUGAAGCCGGAGAAUUUCCUCGUCGACUCUACUGGCCACGUCAAGCUUACCGACUUUGGUCUUGCUGCUGGCGUUCUAGCUCCAUCAAAGAUUGAAUCUAUGCGACUCAAGUUGGAACGGGCCUCGGAGACUCCUGUACCGUUUGGCAAGCCAAUUGGGCAGCGAACCGUGGCCGAGCGUCGAGAGGGCUAUCGAACCAUGCGCGAGAGCGAUGUCAAUUACGCAAAGUCUAUUGUCGGCUCGCCCGACUACAUGGCACCAGAAGUCCUCAGAGGGGAAGAGUAUGAUUACACUGUAGAUUACUGGAGUUUGGGCUGCAUGCUGUUUGAGGCACUCACUGGCUUUCCGCCAUUCGCUGGCGCUACUCCCGACGAGACAUGGCGGAAUCUGAAGCACUGGAAAGAGGUUCUCAAGAGGCCUGUCUGGGAAGACCCCAACUACUUUUUGAGCAACCGGACUUGGAGUUUCAUAACAACAUGCAUCAAUUCACGGGCCAAGCGUUUUUCCAACAUUAAGGAUAUCUACGAACAUCAGUACUUUUCCGAAGUGGAUUGGGACACACUGCGGCAGACGCGGGCACCGUUUGUCCCGGAGCUGGACUCGGAGACAGACGCCGGCUACUUUGACGAUUUCGGCAACGACGCCGACAUGGCCAAGUACAAGGAGGUGCACGACAAACAGGCCGCGCUGGAGAACAUGGCCGAGCGUGAGGAAGAGAUGAGCAAGAGCCUCUUCGUCGGCUUCACGUUCCGGCACCGCAAGCCGGCCACGGAAGACGGCGUCCCCCGGAAGCGCAUCCCGACGGACGAGUCGUUUGGGACCAUGUUUUAG